AUGGAAACUUCCACUCGGUUCGGCGCCGAGGAUGCCAAAACUCCAUUUCACAAGGAGCCUGUCAACAGCUGGGCUUGGGGCUUGAGGAACAGACCGCCGCGGUGGGAGGGGGGGCCCUCGCCUCGCUGGCCCCGCGGUGACUCCCCAGCUGCCGCCGAGCGGGACCCCAGCACCCGAGGCCACCUCCUCCCGGGCCGGCGCAGAGACCCCGCGGAGGCAGGACGGAGGCGGAUGACACCCCCAGCCACCCACGCCCGCGCGCGCUGGGCUGCUUCACCCGCACCCCUUCAGGCUCCCGCGACACCCCUGUUACCAUGCCGUCCACCCUCGGGGCAGUUGGAACCGUCGCCCCCUCCUCCGCCACCCUCCCAACCCCCGCCUCCGCGCGGUCCUGUCGCCAAAUUACCGGUGCCCUCGAGCCGGCUGGGUGGAGCGCCCUGCCCGGGGAACGCGGCCGGCGGGCGCUUGCCCCGAGCCCGGGCAGCAGAAGGUCUCCUUUCCAAGCGCACUCACAUUAUUCAUGCAAAGUUAAUCCCCGCCGCGUCACGGCCGCCCGCCCGAGGCUGUGCGCCUUCCUUGGCCAAGCCCCGCAGUCUCCACCCUCCUCCGCCCCCUCCUCCCGGCGGCGGGGUCCCGGGGAGCGCAGGCGACGGGACGUCGCGCGAGUCCUGCAAAAUGUCAACUCCUUCGGCGAAGAGAAGCGGCCACAGCCAGGGAAACGCCGGCCCUCCCCGGCCACUCCACUUUUAUAGGCGUAACAAGCGAGUGCGGUCGGGGCGCGGAGUCCCCGCCUCUCCGGCCCCCCGCGCGCCGGCCCGCCCUGGCCCGCUCCCCGGGCGCUGCCUUACUCCGGACCCGAGGCGCCCGUGCCGCGUCUGCCCACCGGUGACCUGGUUUCCCCUCCAGCCCUCCCGGCGGUCCGGACCGCGCGGCAGCGGCAGCGGCAGCGGCGGCCCAGCGCAGGCAAACCCGGCUCCGCCAGGGGCGCAGAGAGGAAAUGGCCUCUGGGCCGCGCGUCCCGCCGCCGCCGCCGCCGCCCCGGGGAGCCGGGCUGGCCCCCUGCGCCCCCGCCCCGGCCGGCGCCCUGCCGCGUCCGCCACUGCCCGUUCGCUGCCCCUACUCCGCGCCGCACGCACACGCCACCCGGCUGGCCGCCUCCGCACCUGCCUCGCAGCUGCUGGUGAGCAUCCCAAGGAGUGAGAAGCCACCCCACUUGCCGACGGCAUUAACAACCGCAACUAUCAAAAAUUGGGAAACUGCCCCUGUGCGUGGAUACACAGUGUUUCAGGGCACUGCACGCGCGCGCGAGAGAGAGCCGCAGACCCCAGGGCUCCCUGGAGAGAGGGAGGGGCCUCUCAAGUCAGACUCCGCGGACCCAGCUUCCCGUUGGUCCUUGGCGAUAAAUCCAUGCUUUAUUCUUCACUGGUAAUAAGGCUCCACCACAGUUUUGUAACUGGAGAAAAGUUGUCCUUUGCGGGGAAGUUCCUGGGCUUUGCUCCAGUGCUGCCCUGGGAUGUUUUGGUUGGUUUGGAGGAAAGCUGUGGAGUCUGCACCAUUUGUUCCAAACAGGCAGCCCCCUGGUGGCUAACUGUGGGUGAAAAAACUGGUCACUGCGGAAAAAGCCUGGCUCUGAAGGCCACAGCAGUUAAAGCCGGGGCUUCUCAGGGCCCCAGCGCCUCAGUCUCAGACAGGAGCAACU